AUGGCGGCGACGCCUUUCCAGACCGAAGCGUGGACCGAGUACGGCAUCGGUGUGCUCAUCUUGUUACUGCGCUACUAUGCGCGGUGGAAAGUUGUGGGGUUCAGGGGAUGGCAGGGCGACGACUGGUUUGCCGUUUUGGCUCUGGUAUUCUGGACCGCGGAGCUGUGUAUGCUGGAGCUAAUUGGCCAAAACGGAACCAACAUCGGCAUCACAGACGACAUCGGGGCCACAUUAACCCAAGAAGAAAUCGCCAAGCUCGAGUUUGGGUCAAAGUGUCUGCUGGCCGGCUGGAAUUUCUAUGUGACCCUGAUUUGGUGUCUCAAGGGCUGCAUGCUCUGCUUCUACAACCGCAUCACACUCGGCCUGAAGCAGCAAACAGUGGUCAAAUGGACCGGAGGCGCAUGUGUGCUUGCCUACGCGGGCGUCAUCGCCACGAUUUGGGGGCAUUGUACGCCCGUUCAGAAGAAUUGGCAAGUCGUGCCAUAUCCAGGUGACCAGUGCACCCUUGGUGUGGCAAACUACCUGUCCCUCGUGGUGCUGAACGUCUCCACCGAUCUUGUCAUUGUCAGCAUCCCAGUGCCGCUGCUCUGGAAGGUCAAGCUCGAUAUUCGGAAAAAGAUGUUCAUCGGCAUCCUUCUCUGCUCGGGCGUCUUUAUCAUGAUCGCCGCCGUGCUCCGUUGUGUCCUGUCGCUCAGAGACAUUGAAGGCAUCAAUAUUAGCACCAUUUGGGCUAUUCGAGAAACGUUCGUCGGCAUCAUCGCAGUCAACGCGGCCAGCAUCAAGCCCCUCUUCUCAGCCACACGCUGGCUCACCUCAAGCAAGGGCAGCGGCGAUCGCUACAAUGCGAACUCGAGCGGCAAGGACGGACAUGCGUUGGCCACAAUUGGUGGCUCGGGUGCCCCGCGGAACCCGCCGUCCAAGAACCGGUACCUCGAAACGGAACUCGCCGACCCUCCAAGCAGCGAAGAGCAUAUUGUGGGCAGUGGCAACAAGAACAGCACCGACUAUGGCAACGGGUUCCAUCCGAAUAACGGCGGGUUUCACAGCAGCAUCCGAGCUGGGAGUACGACGAGCGAACGAAGCGGACAUCAUGAUGGCAUUACGGUUACGACGACGUACGAGGUUAGUCCGCACAGGUCGACGCUCGAUGCCUAAGUUGUGGGACGGGUUUGGUUACCGGGGGAACCCCAAUAGUCAGGGGUAAUUCCAGUCUGAGUGAAAUUUACACACAACUACUGUACACAUAAUGAGCG